AUGUAUUCAAAUUCCUCAAUUAUAAACAAUUAUAUUCAAUUAAACAAACAAAAUUUAUAUUUUUGUGAUUUUAUUAAUAAAUAUGAAGGAGAACUUGCUCGAGAGGAAUUUUAUCAAAUCUCUAUUGAUUAUAUGGAUCAAUUCAGAGGAGGUCAUCAUUAUAAAUUAAUUAAACCUGAAGCUGAAAAUUUUGAUUUUGCUUUGUUUGAUGAACAACAUAAAGAAAUAAGCAAACAAAUUGAAGAGAAGUGGCUUAAUGGAUUAGAUGAACCGAUUCCUUUGUAUUUGUCUCUUUCCGAUAUGGGCAUUUGCUUUUAUAAAGUUUUCGCCUUCACCGAUGAAAUCAGUUAUCUUCUACUACAACUACCAACUUUUAUCAGAAACAAAGGGGACAUGAAAAUUGUUUAUUAUUAUUUAAAUAAAUUAUUUAAUUGUUCCUUCGAAUGUAACCGCGCUAAUGAAUUUAUAUUCAACCCAGAAUUAAUCGAAUUAUUAUUUGGAAAUACUAAACAAAUUUAUAUUCAAGAAUCUUAUUAUUAUUUUAAUAAGAGUAAUGCAGAAAAGUUAUUAAAAUUUAUUCUGAAUCAUUUUAUCUUUGGGUCUCUUAAAAUCAUUUUUCCAACUGAAGAUGAUGAAGAGUAUACUAAUAUUGAAGAAUAUAUAAAUGUUUUAUCCAAAAUUUUAAUCAAUGGCGACAAGUGUAAAUCAAUUACUUUAUCAAAUCAGCCACAAUAUUUCAAUUUUAUCAUUAACGUAAGUUUUGACUCUAUGUGA